UUUUUUUUCCCACUUUAAGAAUAAAAUAAUUAGUCUCAAAAUUAAUGUUGGUUAACUUGUUUCCAACCAAACGAGCCCUUAGUAUCACAAAGACAAUAAUAGGUGGUUUCCCAUUAAAAUGGCGGAUAUUUCUAGAAUAAUCAACUUGAUUCCUUUUUCUCUUUAAACCAGAUGGAUUAUCUUUUUCUGUUACCCAUAGUUUUAUUUUCUUAAAUGAAUUUCAAGAAUAGGAAUAAAGUUUCUACUUUUUAGUACAUAGUUUAUUGUCUUCCUUAAAAAAUCUCUCUUCUUUCUUGAUAUUAUUGAAACUGAAAUGGCUGUGGCUAUGGUUUCUUGUGGGAUAUCCACUAGUUUAAAACUUAUAGAGAAGCAGCCCAUUUCAACUCCAGGUUUCUUUAAUGGAUCUUUAGCUUUGAAUCCUGUUCAGAGAUUGCACAUUACAUCCAAGAGAUUAGCUUUAGCUGGGAAUGGAAUUAUUCCAAAAGCAUCUGCAGCUACAGCUGUGGAGGAUGGAAGUUCACAGGAGACUGCAGUUCCAAUGCCCAAAGUUGUAAUCGAUUUGGAUUCAGAUCCAGAAGCAACGGUUGUAGAGGUUACAUUUGGGGAUCGCCUUGGUGCACUUCUCGACACAAUGAAUGCACUGAAAAACCUCGGGCUGAAUGUUGUUAAGGCUAAUGUCUGUCUUGAUUCAUCUGGGAAGCAUAACACAUUUGCCAUCACAAAAGCUUCUACGGGUAGGAAGGUCGAUGAUCCAGAGCUGCUUGAAGCAAUUCGUUUGACGAUCAUCAACAAUAUGAUGGAAUAUCACCCGGAAUCUAGCUCCAGAUUAGCUAUGGGGGAAGCUUUUGGUGUUUUUCAACCAUAUCAGAAGAUUGACGUGGACAUAGCGACCCAUAUCCAUGUAUAUGACGAUGGUCCUGAAAGAAGCUUACUCUGUGUCGAGACAGCAGACAGACCUGGAUUGAUAGUUGAUCUUGUCAAGAUCAUUACUGACAUAAACGUUGAUGUUGAAUCUGGAGAGUUCGAUACUGAGGGAUUGCUCGCUAAGGCAAAAUUUCAUGUCAGCUACAAGGGCAAGGCUUUGAUCAAACCCCUUCAACAGGUUCUUGCAAAUAGCCUGCGUUAUUUCUUGAGGAGACCAACAACAGAGGAUGCAAGUUUUUAAUAAGUGAGAAAUCAAUCAACAGGGUUAACCAAGUACUUUCAAUUAUUAAGACUGAAGCUAGCUGUUUUUGCAGCACGGAUACAUUAACAGAAAAAGAUAUGCAUGAAACUCGGAAUCAUAGCUUCAAUACUCUGUUGUAACAUUGUAGAUUGCUACCAUUUAUACAUUAAUGAUAUACAUUUUCAGAACAGGAAAAA